AUGUCGAUGGAGACAUUCUCGCUUCUUGAUGACAUGAAGCAGGCCAGCGCCCGAACGGAUUUGUCCUUGUCAGAAAUAUACAAGACAAGUGUCGCGACUAUGGCUGCUAUAUCAGCGGUGUUCUGGUAUGCUGCACGUACGAGUGGCAUUGAGGAUCAGCCAAUAUGCCUAACACUGGAAGACCGAGCCGUGACUGUCAUCUUUGUCGAAGGAGAAGAGUCAAGAUACGGCGAGGACUGUCCCGGGUACCGACCCGUUGAAGAUCUCAUGUUUCAAAACGAGGACAUCUCCUCACUGAAAAGAUCACAGGGCAAGCCGGAACGGAGACGCAGAGAGAAAACUGGUGUUUCUGGGACUGCUGGAACUGUUGACGAGCACGCAGCUGGCACGCCCAAGUGGUUCCUCUCAAACUCCGGGUUUUCCCCCGCCGUCUGA